CGUAAUUAAUCGUCACCACUCGGCCGUGAGAAGCACAUUUUUAUGUUAGUGUAAUAUUUACAGGAUAAAUUCUAAAAAAAAGGGUUAAACAUGCCCCAAAGCAAGAAUAUGGAGGAAGGUGAGACAAGAAGACCAAAGUCAUGCGCCUCCUUCGGUAAAGGAUUGACCGUCGAACCUGCGGGAUUUCUGCUCGUUUUGAGUUUAGUGGUUUCUCAUCUCGUGUUUCAAAACGUGAUGAUGGAGACGAUCUGUCGUGUGGAUUUGGGAUAUGAAGCGGAAACUUGUAAAGAGAUUAUUAACAAGGUGAAUAUCACUUACAAAGCGGAGGAACGAGAAAUUCAAAAAGUCGUGGCCGGAGUACAAGCCGUUACGUCCGUCAUAUUCAGCUGUAUUACGGUCCUCGUGGUACUCUUUAUAGGUCCCUGGAGUGACGCUAAUGGGCGAAAAAUUCCGCUCCUCAUAUCCGUGACUGGCAUGAUGAUAAUGCCCUCCAUGAUGAUCGUGGGAUAUUUAAACCUCGGCAAGAUUCGCGCCUUGUACAUGGCCCUUCUAGCCAUGCUGCCUAUGACCUUAACCGGCGGCGUCGUCGUGUUCGGCAUGUCGGCCGGGUCCUACAUUUGCGAUACGACCACCCCGAAAAAUCGGACCGUUAGGAUGGGGGUCUUUUCCGCUUCGGUCCGAUCCGGCACCCCGAUCGGGUUCGUGGUUGGCGGGCUGUUAAUGAAGUUACAAGUCGGAAUUGUAAAAUCGCUCCUGAUUUCGGUCUGUUUGUCGGGAUGUGCCUUUUUAAUUGUGCUGUUAACCGUGAAGAAAGGGAGACCGGAAGAAAUUUCGGUUAAUGGCGGGGAAAUUGCGGUAAAAAAUAGGCGGGAAGAAUCCUGUUGGAGGAAGUACAAUCCGGUGAGCAAAUUGAUUCAAGCGUUUGCGAUCUUAUUUCAAAAGCGGGAUAAUCCGUGGAGGUUCUAUUUACUGAUUUUGGUCCACGUCUGUUACGCCGCGCCGGGAGCGGAGCAUUCCAUGGUUUAUCUCUUUGUGAGGGAGCGGCUUCAAUGGAACAUCAGCACUUUCGGGUUCUUCUCCAUGAUUAAUUGGCUGUUAAGUGCGGCGGGGGUGUUUCUAUCGAUGUAUAUUUUGAGCAAGACAUUAAAGUUGUCGGAUCCUUUGGUGGGAUUUGUUUCGGGGAUUAGUCAGAUUGGAGGAUCGACGCUGUAUGCGUUUUCGACAUCGGCGGCGAUGAUGUAUUGCGCCUCUGCCCUGGACAUGAUGAACGGCACGAUUGGCGUUGUUGUAAGAUCCAUGCUGUCAAAAUUAGUAGCAGCGAAUGAAGUCGGAAAACUAUUCGCGCUCUUGGGAGUGAUUGACAGCUUGCUUCCGUUGGUGAUGAUGCCGACGUACGCGAUGGUUUAUCGAAGCACGGUGACCACCUUCGCGGGAGCUUUCUUCUUCUUGUCGGCGGGAAUAACGCUGCCAGCAGAAAUUAUAUUUUUGUAUUUCAUGCUUUCGAAGGAGGACAAAAAGGGUAACGAAAACGAGAACGAGGAGACGGAGCCAACGCCACUGGACCAACUGCAGUCCACGGUGGAGUCUCUGAACAAAAGCGUCCCUGAUCUAGCGAAAAUGUUGCCGGUUGAUGUCCUCCUAAGCCGGGAAGAUUUGACAUGGGGUGGCAAUGACAGUGGAGACGAUAUGGAUUAACAGUCCUAAAUGUUCUAGCGUUGUUAACAAAUGUUUAUAAUAUUUAGUUCCAGAUUUAAUGUGUAGUUGAGGUUUUUCGAAUUGAAAUUUAUGAAAUUAAUUUUUGUAAAAUAAGCCCAUCAAUAAAUUAAUAAUGUGUCAUGCUUUCGAACUUAAACUUAAGUGGUUUAUUUAGUUUACAUAGAUAUGUUUAUCAAUUUAAUUUAUUCACAUUAUUUUCCCCAUUCAUUAAUUUCUAUAUAUUUAUUUCUUUAUUAAUAUAUGGAGAGAUACCCUACCAAGUAGGCUAUUACAUACAACUCAAGGUGAAGUACACCUCAAUUUACAACUACUUCAAAUUCAAAAUCAUCGAUCAUUUCAAAAAUUUCACACAUUCUUUCAGUCCUUUGUUUGUCUAUUAAGAAAGCUUUUACAGAAUUUUUAGAAACAUUAAAAUUAACCUUUUUAAUGUCAUUAGAAUAGGAAUCAGGCAAGUUAAAUAAAACUUUAUAUGCUCUA